CGAGAUCUGCAGAAAGAAGGAAAGGGAAACAUAAUUCCUGCCACAGACAGCAUAGCCAUCACGAUUUGAGCGAAGAAGAGGAAGACAAGGGAAGAUGGCGCUGAAGUUUCUAAACAAGAAAGGAUGGCACACGGGGAGUCUGAGGAACAUCGAGAACGUGUGGAAGGCAGAGCAGAAACACGAUCAGGAGCAGAAGAAGUUGGAGGAGCUCCGGAAGCAGAUUCGCGAGGAGAGGGAGCGCUCUGAGUUUCGUCUUCUCCAGGAGCAAGCUGGUCUCGUUCCUAAGCAGGAGCGAUUGGAUUUUCUGUAUGAUUCCGGCCUUUCCGUAGGUAGGGGCGCUGGUAGCUCUGAUAAGGGCGGUGUAGGAGUAGCUUUCAAGGCUGCCGAAGAAGCCCUCUCAUCGAAGCCUGCCAGCACCGAUGCUAGUGCAUCCAACAAGCAGGCACCUGUGCUCGGUGCUUUAUUCGAGGACAAGCCUCAGUCUGCCAACGAUGCCUGGCGCAAGCUCCAUUCUGAUCCUCUGCUUAUGAUUAGGCAGCGUGAGCAAGAAUCGCUCGCCCGUAUCAAGAACAAUCCUGUACAGAUGGCUAUCAUUCGCAAGUCUGUUGAAACAACUGAACAGAAGGAAACUCAAAAUAAAAAGGAAAGACGAAAGAAGCACCAACGUAGUAGUUCAAGGCAUCAUAGAAGCUCGUCACCAAGAAAAGAUUCAGAUUCAGGACAUAUCACUAUAGAAAGGGAGAAAGGAAGCAAGACUGGAGAUUACAAGAGUUCUAAGUACAAUGAUCAUCAUGGUAGAGCUCGAUUGAGUUUGGCAGAUGAAUCUAGUGAAGGAGAGCAUGAAAACAAAAAUAAGGAUUACAAGACUUCAAAAUACAGAGAGCAGUCUGCUAAUGGCCCAUCACACCUGAUGAGAGCUAGGAGAAGUGAUGACCAUGAUGCUGUUAGCAGGGGUCGUAACUCAAAGCAUGAAGAAUAUUCUACCAGAAAGGAUAGAGUAAGCACAAGUUCUUAUGGAGCAGAGUCCUUUUCUCCCUUGGCAAAACCCCCACGUGGACCGCAUUAUAAGCGCAGGGAUGGUAAUUCCAGACCUACUGAUGAAGAGCGAGCCGCUAGGCUGCUGGAGAUGCAAAUGGACGGUGAGUUGCACGAAGAGCAAAGAUGGAAACGUUUGAAGAAGGCUGAGGAGGAUGAUUCACGAGAAGCUUCUCGAGCAGACACAUCUGGUUCAAGGAGCUUUUUGGAUGCUGCCCACAGAAGUGUGUAUGGUGCUGGGAAGGGAGGAAGCUCAUCAAUAGAAGAAAGUGUACGUCGCAGAACACAUUACUCGCAGGGAAGGUCUGAAGCAGGUGAAGGCAAUGCCUUUAGGAGAUGAUUGUACUUGUUUGUAUCCUGUGUCAUUGUCAUUGUCAUUGUGAAGCUUAGUGAUUCCAGCUGCUGCUGCACAUUUCUGUGCAAUUGCUUCUCUUUAUGCGCCUGCGUUUUCUCUAGCUACAUCAUUGUAAUAAAAGCUGCUGACCUUAAUGUCCGUUUUAUUUUUAGUAUCUUCUUGCUUAAAGAAAAAUCCUUACACUCUCCAGGUUAGGGGUUUGAGUACUGUCUAAUGUGAGACUUUUUUUUUAAUGAAUGGUAUUGAUUUUGAUGUUAGUUGUUUUUA